UAUCGUUAAUAAUAGCAGUCAUGUUUCAUGACUUUUCUCAACGUUUCUAGUGUGAGCAACGUUCGUUUUGAUUUCAGGAAAGGAUAAAGAGGAGAAAAAUAACACAAAGCAGAUUCUACAGGUUUAGACAUCGCUCCCCGAGUGGUCACGUUCGAUUUUUUGUGAAGGUCAUGUGUGUUUCAUUGAAUCAGCAUUGAUUGACAGACAUUUUAAUUUCAAGCUUGGAAAUGAGAUAUCAAGGAAUGAGACAAUCAUCUGUCACAGUGUUCAUAUUAUUUUAUGUAUGGAUUCAGACUGCAAAGGGUCAAGGAAGCAAACCUGUAAUCACAGUACAUCCUUCUUAUGCUGUUGUUCUCAAGGGCUCACCAACUGAACUGAAAUGCAGCGCCUCAGGAUCUCCAAGUCCAACAAUUUCUUGGUUUAAAAAUGGAAUUCCUUUAUCAAAUGAAAAGAUUGGGAGAAGAACCACUUUACCUAACGGAAGCCUCUACUUUAUGCGCACUGUGUCAAACAGGCGUAAAAGAACUGAUAAUGGUAUUUAUCAGUGUGCAGCCAUUAAUCGCUAUGGUACAGCACGUAGCCAAAAGGCAACUUUGUUGAUUGGAACACUGAAGACUGUGUUCCGAUCACAACCUCGCAACCAAACUGCUUACCCUGGUGAGUCAGUGGUUAUGAAAUGUACUCCUCCAAAGGGUUUCCCAGUUCCUACUGUUGUGUGGUUACAUGACGGCCUCCCUGUGACAAACACAAGUAGGACAUUCAUUUCACCCAAAGGAAACUUGACAAUUUCUUCAGUUACGGAGGCUGAUCAAGGAACCUAUUUGUGUAAAUCAAACAGCCCUCUUGGGACACAGAACAGCAGCAAAGCAUGGCUAACUAUUGAGAAACCAGGCAAACCCCUCACUGUCAAACCAACCUCACAAAAUGUGGUGGCUGGAAUGAAUGCAACUUUUCGAUGCUAUUACAGAGAUGGGCCUCAGGAUGAAGUGAUCUGGGAGAAAAAAGAUGGAUCUCUGCUUAGUGCAAGACAUAUUGUGGAAAAAGGAUUGUUGACAAUAGAAAAUGUGACAGUGCUAGACAAAGGAACUUAUGUCUGCCGUGUAAAAACAGGUGCUCAGGACCUUACACUCCAGGUCACUCUCAAGGUUAAAACUAAACCAAAAAUUGUUCAAGCUCCGGUAGAUGUUAUUGUCAAGGAGGGAAGCCCAGCCAAGUUUGUGUGUAUUGCCACUGGAGAUCCUCAGCCAACUGUAUUCUGGGAGAAGGAAGGGAAAUCCUCAUCCCCAAUGUUUCCAAAUGGGAAUUAUUAUGGUGGUAGAUUCUCUGUUUCAAGUUAUGGUCUCUCCUUGGACAUUUCCAGAGUGGAAAAGCAAGAUGAAGGGGUGUACGCUUGUUGGGCAUUGGCUCCUGAUGGUAAUACUCAUGCUGAUGCAACACUGACUGUCAUAGGACCCACAGAUGUUGUGCCAUCAGUUGUGACAGGUCCACUUAAUAAAUCUGUGAAUGAGGGAACAAGCAUAGAGUUCUCCUGUGAAGUAGAGGGCAGCCCUAAGCCAUCUAUCAGCUGGUAUCUGAAUGAUGACGAUUUUUCGCUGCAGAAUACAGCUAGGAUUUUAAUAACACAGACUGGGUUGACUUCCCGUCUGAGCAUUUCUAAUGUGAGUGUGAGUGACAAAGGAGUUUACAAAUGUGUGGCCAAUAGCAACAUUGGAACUGCCUCAGAGGAAGCAGAGCUACAAGUGAACAAAGUGAUCAUUACUACCACUCUUCCCCCCACAACGACGCCAACCCCAAAACCCACACUUCCUCCUUUGGAUGUAGUUGUGACUUCUGUGACGCACAACUCGGUGGAUCUAGCAUGGAGCUCUGUUACCUCUCAGGGCAUCUCAAACAUUGUGUACAUAGUGGAAUUCUGCAAAAGGAAUGGCAACAGAGUAUGGAAUAAAGCUGAGAGCUCCCUGAAGGAAAACAAGCUCACGGUACAAAACCUGGACUCUGAAACAUUUUACUUGUUCAAAGUUCGAGCAGUGGGCCCUGAUGGAAGUACACUGACGCAAUCCUUAAAACCAUUGUCCAAGAGGACCAAGAAAGUACCAGUGGUACCUAUGAAGCUGUCCCCAACUGUGAAACAGUCGCAAAAUGUAAGAAUUGACAUUGAUGUGAAACCUGUCGCAUAUAACAAGAUUAACAUAUCCUGGAGUCUUUCAGAACCAAUGGACGGAACAAGCGUGGUUAUUCAUUGGAGGGAAAAAGACUCCGAUGUUGUUUACAUUACACCUGACACUUCAUUUGGAUCAUCAUACACACUGAAUGGUCUUCAGGCCAAUACUAGCUAUGAAAUCCAAGUGCAGCUUAUGAUUGGACAACGAAAAGGGCCAAAAAGUGACCCUGCUUUCACUAAGACACUUGUGAAGCCGAAAGAUGGUGGCAUUGUACCUGGUGGUGGAGUAAGACCCACAACAGACCUCGGUGACUCUAACGGAGAGGUCAGUGUUGUGGAAGCGCGUACCGACUCAGAUAACACGUGGUAUAAGAUAAAAAUGUUUAUACGUCAGCCUUGGUUCAUUGGUACUAUGGGUGCGGUGGCCUGGACAAUCCUCUUAGUCGUGGUACUGCUGUUGUACAGACAGAGGCGGUAUAAGAAAAAGAAAUCAAAGAGUGCUUUGACCACAAACGUGUGUUUACCCGCUGACAGCAUCCCGCGCAGCCCUGGUAACCGUGCUUCAAAGUUUUUGUGGAUGGAAGAGCGAAAUUCAGACCCAACUCAUCAACUUACCAAUAAUAGAUCCAGUGACAGUUCCACUUCAGACUGUACACGUCAAAUGGCAAACUGCUGCCGAGUGAGAGGAGGGUCGUCCAACAAUAGCCUUGACUUACCCAAUAAAAUUACUUUCAACCAAUUGUCAGGCAGUGGAAAUCGGUUGGAUGGGAACCACUUCAGCCCGGCGGAUGUGCAGCAAGAAAAAAGUAACAACAUACCAAAUUCAAACUUUCAUUAUCACGAGCAUUUGAACAAGAGCAACAAAUUCUUGGAUUCAUCGCCAAAUCGGUAUGCCACACCUAAUGGAUCUAGGAGUCCUUCAGAAAGUACUCUCCCAAAGAGCGGGCCAAAAGAAAGAAUCCGCUACCUGGACUUCCCUGAAACUGGGACAAACAGGAGCAAAUCUAGCACAAGUUCGAGGAGAAGAGACCCGAACCAGGCCCCCAGUGACUCCAGCGACACAGAGAAGACUAAACCUAAGCUUAAGAUUCAGUCAUUUGAGAUGGCUGGAAAUAUUCCCACCACAAGUACCUUUCACUCCGAACCGCCUCCCACCUACGAGGCUGUCUUAAAAGAAACAGAAAUGGAGAUGCAGAAAUUCCCGCUGAACACCACAGACAGGGGGGAACCAAUAGAGAGCAAAAACGAGGAGGAGCAAGACUCCUCAGUUAAACCCGAUGCUUCUGAUGCUCGGAAAUCCCCAGCUUUGGAGAGACCGGCCAGUCCGAGUAGCGAACGAAGUUGUAAAACUUCAACCAGUUGUGGCUCGCUUCAGAGAAAAAGAAAAGCCCUUAAACCACCUCCGCGUCUAGCUAUCUUCAAUUGGGCGGAUCUACUGCCCCCACCCCCCUCAGAGCCACCACCUAGCAGCUUAGGAUCGCCGCCCCCCUCCCCGCCGUUCAGCGAACGAAGUGCCAUGACAGGCAUGACGGGAAGAACUGGUAUGAGCGGUAUGAGUGCUAUGAGUGGAAUGACAGGUAUGAGUGGGAUGACUGGAAUGAGUGGCCAGACAGGUUUGAGUGGUAUGACAGGUUUAACAGGAAAAACCGGAAUGAGCGGAGUGAGUGGCGUCACUGGGAAGAGUGGACUGACGGAACCUCACAGUCAUUCAGGCAGGCGGGCACACAGAAAGGCUGGAGCCGCUUCUCGUGACGGAGAAAACGACCACGAGUCUGUUACGGGCAAAUCUGAAAAGUCGAAGAAAUCCCGAUCGAAGCCGAAACCCAUUCCGAUCGAUCUCGAAGGCAUCACGAGUGACAUCAUCAUGCAAUGGGCCGAAUCUGUGACAAACACGAGCGGUUCCGAUGAGGAAUCGUCGGCUUCGAGUCCAAGCCGAAUAAGUGGAAUCAGCAGUGAUGGGUCUUUCUUUACAGACGCUGACUUUGCUAACGCUGUUCGUGUUGCCGCCGAAUGUGGCGGAUUUAACACGGAGGCUUAUGGACUUAUGGACUCACUUGGCAUACCUCCCCCUUAUGCUGCGGGCUGGAAACGCAGCAAUUCAUUUUCUAAUGAUAACGAAGCUAGCCUAGGAACCGCUGCAGCGUAUGGCCCGCGUCCCCUUAGAAAACGAUGGGAAACUGGUAGCGAAGGUGAUUUGGAAUAUAAUCCACCACCUAACCGAGUACGUCCAAGGUUAAGACGAGACAACGAAAAGGGGCCCAAUGAGAAGGGACCUAAUGAAACAGGACCCGUGCGCAUCCACAGAGUGCCUCCUGGGGAGCUUAUGAGACAACUUCCCGGUAUGCGAGCCCCUGUACCCAUAGUGCCUUCACAGCCGAGGAGACCACUUCACAGGGUUGCACGACCAGGGGGGCCGCCCCUGCAGACGAAUCCGGCCAUGCUGGUGCAGCCCUUGAAGAAGACAACGACACUUGGCGUAGUUGAUCCUCGGGAACCGCUUAAGAAAAAGUACGCCAUUGUGAAAAAGAUACCUCAAAGUCAGGACAACGAGAAAGGAAAUGGAUAUCAGAGUUGUAGCAUGAGUUCGAGCAAAUCAAGUACAAGUACGGCCAGUACUGUAAAGAGCAGCUCCUGUGCUCCAACUGUACAUGAUGACUCUGACCUGGAAGGGUAGGGGGCAUAAUUGGACAAAAGAAGACAGUUCUGUGGCAAUGGACAGAAGAAUUGAAGCUUUGUGAAUUGAGGCUUUAUUUCAAUAUUUUAAUGCUAGCGUCUAUUAAAAUUAUGUAAUGAUACGUAACAACUAUUAGUUAGGGUUAAAACAGCUGUUUGUUUCCGUUGUCCUUUCAAGACAGAGUUACCGCCGUUGCUUUUCCACAGAGCAACACUUCAAAGCGUUAUAACUGAGAAUUUUUUUUUACUCAAAUGUAUCGAUUUUUGUAGCAUUACACAGCGGUAAACUGAUUCUUUUGCGUCAUAAAGUUUCGAGUUAUUAUUAAAUGGGAUCUUUACAUAGAUUUGCGUAGAUAAACAUAAAGAUCGAUCGAAGAUAAUGUGUCUUGAGAGAAUUAAGGAUUUUCAGACUGUCUUCCUUCGAAAAGGCGAACUAUUAUUUUGUAAUGAGUCAAUAUAUUAUUGGCUGGAAUUGACGUUUAGAGAUGUUCUUGGUGCUUCAGUAUGAACAUGUUUUUUGUAAUACAUUACGCACGAUAAUUCUUUUACUUCUUUUCGUUGGUACUCCAUACGAGACGCUAAAAAAGAUGAAAAGUAUUGAUUUUUUUAUGAUAUAAAUUUAUAAGCAGAUUUUUUUUGAUGAUUGAAUUUAAUACAUGACAAUGAAAGUGGAGAUGCGCUUGGUCUGACGCGCGGUGUUAGAUUUUCCAAAAAUAUAUACUUUCUGAUUUUUUUUUUUUUUCGCAGAAUUUAAAAGAAUUUUAUUUGAAUUGUCUUGUAUGAGAGAAAUUGCUGUUUAUGCUUGGAAAUUCCAGAUAACGUUUUCCAAGGAAUGUACUUAUAAUCAAAAACAGCAAAAAGUAAAAUAUGAUAUUGUUAUUUUAUUUAAAAGCUUCAAAGACUUCGUUUAGUCAGCAUACCUGUUCCUGAUAAGUAUUUUUUUAUGAAGCAUUUGGAUUUUGGCAUAAGCUACAUUGUAUAAACAACAAUGCAGUAAACAAUAAAUUGCAAACUACCUUGAA